AUGAUUACAAGACUUCUGACGGUUCACUUUCAGGGAUAUUGCAUUGCGCAAUUGCUUAUUAGAAGAAGACCAAAAUCGAGUGAAGCUCUCCGACUUUGGUUUAUCGAAACGCAAGCACCUGAGGUGUUGCGUACUGGAAUUUACACCACUAAAUGUGACAUCUACUCCUAUGGAAUUCUUAUUUGGGAGAUAUUUCAUAAUGCUUGA